AUGGCAGAUUCUUCUUGGAGUUGGGAAGAAAAUAAGCGAUUCGAGUUUGAUCUUGUUCAAUUUCCAGACGGGACUCCAAAUCGAUGGGAGAAAAUUAAAAUUACUGCAAAACUUGAGGGAAAAUCGGCAAUGGAAAUUGAAGAACAUUACGGUGAUUUGUUGCAUGAUUUGGCAUUAAUCGAGGAUGGGUUAAUUGCACCGCCGAUAUAUACAGACGACACUGCGGCGGAAUCUGAUGAAGCCGAUUGUUUGGUGGAUUCCGGGAAGAAGGUGCAGAAAAGAGUAGCGAAACCCUGGACUGAGGAGGAACACAGGUUAUUUUUAGUGGGAUUGGAAAAAUACGGCAAAGGAGAUUGGAAGAGUAUAUCAAGACAUGAAGUUCGAACAAGGACUCCAACACAAGUUGCAAGUCAUGCCCAAAAAUAUUUUGAGCGCCAGAAAAAGGGAGAAACCAAGAAAAGGUCGAGCAUAUUCGAUAAUUCUAUUGCUCAAUCGUCGACUCAAAAUCCAGUCUAA